CGACCUGUUGUGAGCAUUGCGAGCCCCGCUGCCGUGAAGUUGCGGGGAAAGUAUCUGAAGUGGCCAGGUACUGGGCCGAUUCUGCUGCGAGACCCGAGUGUGUGCUUCGCCGGGGAGAGAUGUAAAAAUUCGCGAAAGCUUCAAAUCUCGAAGAUAUCAAAAUGGACGAGCAGUGCAUGCAUCAUGACGAUGAGGAGCUGCAACAGCAGCAGCAGUCUCCAAACAAUCGGAAGGCUCCUUCACUCACCACGCAGAAUGCAGCUCAGUCUGUGCAGCAGUAUCCUCCUGCCUUGGCAGAGGCAGCAACCCAGACUUGUCAGUCUCCACAGGCUCAGCCAGUUGAGCACACCCCACAAGUGCCUAAGGUGUCUUCUGGCAGCAGUCAGCGACCGAGUGGAGAGGCGGCUUCUGAUCCAAGCUCCCAAGGCUGCGUGAAAGUGGUGUACGACAUGCUGAUGACUGCAAGCAACUGCGGCAGCAAUUGGCCAUCCGACCAAGAAGACAUAUUUCGCCUCCUGGUGCACGGGAGAGAACAUUUUGAAAUAUUAAAGAAAAUCAAGGAAAACCUGGAGCUGAUCCGAACGCUGCCCACGGAUGCCAAUGUGUUGCGCAACCUGCAGCAACAACAAUACGUGACGGAAUUGCGUGGCAGGCCGUCCAACCUCAGCCGACACGGCAGCGAGUGUUCACAGGAAGUCUUGGCCGGCAGCCAGGGACCCUCCAGUGCCGGCGAAGGUUCCUCAUCAGGCGUUGCACAGGAUGUUGUGACGGGUGAAGCGAGUGGAUCCAAUGGUCCCCCACGGCCACCGGACGGAGACAACCCACGGGCCCGGCUUGGAACCCUGCCGGACAGCGGUAAGCCUGGCAACGCUCUUUACAACUUCCUGAAACAAAUAGACUGCUUGGAGUUUUUGGAGAAUUUCACUUCACGUGGAUUGUCGAGUGUCCAACAGCUGAUGAACGUCACUCUGCAGGGACUCGCCAGCCCCACGUCGCCCACGCCCCUCGUGACCCGCCGCAGCCUCUCCCCCUCUGCUUGGAGGUGUCUGGCGUUCUCCCUCGGCGUGUGCGUCUGCCGCUCUCGCGAGUCCCACGAGUCCCACGAGUGA